GGGAUAAACAAGUGAAUCUUUAUCUUACACAACUUUCUUAAAAAAAUAUAUUUCAUAAGUUUUGUUUCAUAAUGGAUUUGGCUAUAAAAGAGGAAAAUCAUUCUGCUGGAAAUCACCCGCAACAGAAACCCUUAAGCAAUCCAUCAAUGACUUGUCAAAUCCAACUGAUCAUGUACACACUUGCACUGAUCCCUUCAGCGCUAUGGCUGACAUACCAAGCUCCUGCAAAAGACUCGACUGCCCAAAAUUCAAAGUCCUCAGAAAAACAGGCGAGUAUGAGGUACGUGAGUACGAGGAAUCACGUUGGGCAAGCACGGAUGUUUAUGACAUGGACUGCAGUAGAGCUCGCAGCAUCGGCUUCAAACAUCUCUUCAACUACAUCUCAGGAGAUAAUGCAGCUAAUGCCAAGAUCCCAAUGACUGCCCCUGUAUUGACAACCAUUAUCCCUGGAGAGGGCCCUGCCUGUGAAAGCAACUUCACCGUAUCAUUCUACCAACCUUUCAACAUGCAGGAGAAUGGAGGCCCCGCCCCAUCUGAUGCUAAUAUCUACCUUAGUGUUCUUCCUAAUGUCACUAUGUAUGUCAGGUCUUUUCCUGGUUAUGCAAGUGAGGAGGAAUAUCUCAACCAAGCUGGUCAGCUUGCAGCCGCAAUCAACAACCCAGACAUAUAUGACACUGACUUAUACUACACAGCUGGCUAUGACAGUCCCUACAAAUUCCUGAACAGACACAAUGAGGUCUUGUUCCAAGCUAAAUAGACUAUUGACAUACUAAUCUCGUGGCCAGUCUUCAACACUAUUAAUUCUGGCAGGCCAUGUUGACAUUAACACUCAUUGUUUCAGGAACUCAUUUUCCAACAAACAAGAAUUUGACUAGUGAAAGGUUCUUAUAUUUCAUAUCAUUUUCAAGGACUUUUACUAACUCAAUUCUCAGUACAAAUGAGAACCAUUAUAUCUGAACACUUGUCAAUACAA